GUGCGGUGUGUGGAUGGUGUUUCGUGUGUGUAGUCCCCAGACUUGCAGAUCGGCAUGUCACUCCCACCCACCUUCUGCUGCUACCACUGGUCAUCAGGAUGGGCAGUGUGGAUAGGUGUGGGGGCACCCACAGCUCCGAGGGAAAUGCUCCUCCCAGCCUCGGGGGGACGGAGGUGCCUGGAGCCAUCCCUAGAGGACCAGCCCCUUUUGCACAGAGGAGACGGGUGGGAGACAGUGCAGAUGUGGAGGGGUAGGUGUCCGGGUGUAUGUACUGAUGACUCCUUGCACCUUGCCAGGGACACCCAAGCCGCAGGUCACAUGGCGGAAGGGCCCGUCCUCAGAGCCCCUGCGUGGCCGGCCAGGUGUGGCAGUGCUGGAGGAGGGGUCUCUGUUCCUGGCCUCCGUCUCACCCAUGGACAGUGGAGACUACGAGUGUCAGGCCACCAACGAGGUGGGCUCCUCAUCCAGGAGAGCCAAGCUGGUGGUCUAUGUGCCCCCCAGCAUCCGAGAGGACGGGCGCAAGGCCAACGUGUCGGGCAUGGCUGGGCAGUCCCUGACGCUGGAGUGUGACGCGAGCGGCUUUCCAGUCCCUGAGAUCAUGUGGCUGAAGGAUGGGCAGCUGAUCCCCAAGGUGAGCGGCCACCGCCUCCUGGACGGGGGCCGGUCCCUCCACUUCCCCAGGAUUCAGGAGGGUGAUUCUGGCCUCUACUCCUGCCGGGCGGAGAACCAGGCUGGGACAGCGCAGAGGGACUUCGAUCUCCUUGUGCUCAUCCCUCCUUCAGUGCGUGGAGCUGGGGCUACCCAGGAGGUGCUGGGGCUGGCUGGUGCAAACGUGGAGCUGCAGUGUUGGACCUCAGGGGUUCCCACGCCCCAGGUGGAGUGGACCAAGGACGGGCAGCCUGUCCUUCCAGGAGGCCCUCACCUGCAGGUCCAGGAGGACGGUCAGGUUCUCAGGAUCACCAGCAGUCACUUGGGGGAUGAGGGACGAUACCAGUGUGCAGCCUUCAGCCCAGCUGGUCAGCAGGCCAAGGACUUCCAGCUCCAAGUUCAUGCACCCCCCACUAUCUGGGGCUCCAACGAGACAGGAGAGGUGGCCGUCAUGGAGGGCCACCUGGUGCAGCUCCUGUGCGAGGCCCGAGGAGUGCCCACCCCGAAUAUCACCUGGUUCAAGGACGGGGCCCUGCUGCCCCCCAGCACCGAGGCCGUCUACACUCGGGGUGGUCGGCAGCUGCAGCUGGAGAGGGCCCAGAGCUCAGAUGCCGGCGUCUACACCUGCAAGGCCAGCAAUGCUGUGGGGGCCACAGAGAAGGCCACCAGGCUGGACGUUUACGUCCCACCCACCAUCAAGGGCGCUGACAGAGGACCGUAUGUGGUGAAGGCUGUCGCUGGGAGGCCCAUGGCACUGGAGUGCGUGGCCAGAGGCCACCCGCCCCCCACCCUCUCCUGGCACCACGAGGGGCUGCCCGUGGCAGAGAGCAACAAGUUGCGGCUGGAGACGGGUGGCAGCGUGCUGAGGCUGGACAGCCUCGGGGAGGCGUCGGCCGGCCUGUACAGCUGCGUGGCCAGCAGCCCUGCCGGGGAGGCCGUGCUGCAGUACUCCGUGGAGGUGCAGGUGCCCCCACAACUCCUGGUGGCUGAAGGCUUGGGACAGGUGACCGCCAUCGUGGGCCAGCCCCUGGAGCUUCCCUGCCAGGCCUCAGGCUCCCCAGUACCCACUAUCCAGUGGCUGCAGAAUGGCCGCCCAGCGGAGGAGCUGGCCGGGGUGCAGGUGGCCUCGCGGGGUACCACACUGCGCAUUGACCGUGUGGGGCUGGAACACUCGGGCCUCUUUGCCUGUCAGGCCACCAACGAGGCAGGCACUGCCGGGGCUGAGGUGGACGUGUCUGUGCAUGAGUUCCCAUCAGUCAAUAUAAUUGGGGGCGAGAACAUCACAGCUCCUUUCCUGCAGCCUGUGACCCUCCAAUGCAUAGGGGAUGGGGUGCCUACCCCAAGCAUCCGUUGGUGGAAGGAUGGUGUAGCCCUGGCAGCCUCUGGGGGGAACCUACAGAUUGAGAAGGUGGACCUGAGGGAUGAGGGCAUCUACACUUGUGCCGCUACUAACCUGGCCGGGGAAAGCAAGAGGGAAGUGACGCUGAAGGUUUUGGUGCCCCCCAACAUCGAGCCAGGCCCCAUCAACAAGGCAGUGCUGGAAAAUGCCUCAGUAACCUUGGAGUGUCUGGCUUCGGGCGUGCCCCCUCCCGAUGUCUCCUGGUUCAAGGGCCGCCAACCUGUCUCUUCCCGGGUGGGAGUGACAGUAUCAGCGGAUGGGAGAGUUCUCCGCAUUGAGCAAGCCCAGCUUUCUGAUGCUGGGAGCUACCGCUGUGUGGCAUCCAAUGUGGCAGGUAGCACAGAGCUGCAGUAUGGCCUACGGGUCCAUGUGCCCCCUCGAAUCACGCUGCCGCCCAGCCUGCCAGGCCCUGUGUUGGUCAACACCCCUGUCCGGCUGACCUGCAAUGCCACUGGCUCCCCGGGCCCCACACUGAUGUGGCUGAAGGAUGGAAACCCUGUGUCCCCUGCAGGGACCCCUGGCCUGCAGGUCUUCCCUGGGGGCCGGGUCCUCACCUUGGCCAGCGCCCGGGCCUCCGACUCUGGGAGGUACUCCUGCGUGGCUGUGAGCACAGUGGGCGAAGACCACUGGGAUGUCGUCCUUCAGGUCCACAUGCCCCCGAGUAUCCUCGGAGAAGAGCUGAAUGUGUCCGUCGUUGCCAAUGAAUCCGUGGCCCUGGAGUGCCAGAGUCACGCCCUGCCCCCACCCGUGCUGAGCUGGUGGAAGGAUGGGCGGCCCCUGGAACCACGGCCUGGAGUCCACCUCUCCACAGACAAAGCCUUGCUACAGGUGGACAGAGCCGACAUGUGGGAUGCAGGCCGCUACACCUGCGAGGCACUGAACCAGGCCGGCCACUCAGAGAAACACUACAAUCUGAACGUCUGGGUUGCUCCAGUGUUCCCCUCAAGGGAAUCCCACACCCUGACCGUGAGCGAGGGGCACCCCACCAGGCUGUCCUGUGAAUGCCAGGGCGUCCCCUUCCCCAAGAUCUCCUGGAGGAAAGACGGUAAACCCCUGCCUGGGGAGGGGGCUGGCCUCCAGCAGGUGUCGGCUGUGGGGAGGCUGCUGUACCUGGGACAGGCCCAGCUGGCUCAGGAGGGAACAUACACCUGUGAGUGCAGCAACGUAGCGGGGAACAGCAGCCAGGACCAGCAGCUGGAGGUGCACGUUCUCCCUCAGAUUUCUGGUCCCCGAGAGCCCCCCACACAGGUCUCCGUGGUCCAGGAUGGAGUGGCCACUCUGGAGUGCAACGCCACAGGGAAACCCCCUCCGACAGUGACGUGGCAGCGGGACGGGCAGCCUGUGGGGGCUGAGCCGGGCCUGCAGCUGCAGAACCACGGUCAGAGCCUGCGUGUGGAGCGGGCCCGGGCUGCCCACGCCGGACACUACAGCUGCGUGGCUGAGAACGUGGCUGGGAGGGCAGAGAGGAGGUUUGAGCUCUCCGUGCUGGUGCCCCCAGAGCUCAUCGGAGACUUGGACCCGCUGACCAACAUCACUGCUACCUUGCACAGCCCCCUAACUCUGCUCUGCGAAGCCGCAGGGAUCCCACCCCCAGCCAUCCGCUGGUUCCGAGGGGAGGAGCCUGUCAGCCCUGGGGAGGAUACCUACCUACUGGCAGGUGGCUGGAUGCUGAAGAUGACUCAGACACAGGAGCAAGACAGAGGCCUCUACUCAUGCCUGGCAAGCAACGAGGCUGGGGAGGUGCGGAGGAACUUCAGCGUGGAGGUGCUGGUUCCUCCCAGUAUUGAGAACGAGGACCUGGAGGAGGUGAUCAAGGUCCCUGAGGGACAGACUGCCCACCUGACAUGCAAUGUCACAGGCCACCCACAGCCCAAGGUCACAUGGUUCAAAGAUGGCCGGCCCCUGGCUGGUGGAGAUGCCCACCACAUCUCCCCAGAUGGAGUCCUCCUGUGGGUCCUCCAGGCAAACCUGUCCAGCGCUGGCCACUACACCUGCAUUGCAGCCAACACUGUUGGGGAGAAGACCAAACACUUCCAGCUCAGUGUCCUGUUGGCUCCCACCAUCCUGGGAGUGGCUGAGGACAGUGAAGAUGAGGAGGUGACCGUGACCAUCAACAAUCCCAUCUCUCUGAUCUGCGAGGCGCUGGCCUUUCCUUCCCCCAACAUUACCUGGAUGAAGGAUGGGGCCCCGUUUGAGGCCUCCAGGAACAUCCAGCUCCUCCCAGGUACCCACGGGCUACAGAUCCUGAAUGCCCAGAAGGAAGAUGCCGGCCAGUACACCUGCGUGGUCACCAACGAGCUCGGGGAGGCCAUGAAAAACUACCACGUGGAAGUGCUCAUCCCCCCUUCCAUCUCCAAAGAUGACCCCUUGGGGGAGGUCAGCGUGAAGGAAGUGAAGACCAAGGUCAACAGCACCUUGACCCUGGAGUGUGAGUGCUGGGCUGUGCCCCCGCCCACCAUCCGCUGGUACAAGGACGGGCAGCCCGUGACCCCCAGCCCGCGGCUGCACAUCCUGGGUGAAGGGCGACUGCUCCAGAUCCAGCCCACGCAGGUCUCAGACUCGGGGCGGUACCUGUGCGUGGCCACCAACGUGGCUGGCGAGGACGACCAGGACUUCAACGUGCUCAUCCAGGUGCCCCCCAUGUUCCAGAAGGUGGGUGAUACCAGUGCAGCUUUUGAGAGCCUGUCCUGGGAGGAGGAGGUCCGGGGCGAAGUAACGGAAUACAGGGAGAUCGUGGAGAACAACCCAGCCUACCUGUACUGUGACACCAGUGCGAUCCCACCUCCGGAGCUCACCUGGUACAGAGAGGAUCAGCCCCUCUCGGCCAAGGACGGGGUGUCUGUGCUGCAAGGAGGCCGGGUCCUGCAGAUCCCCCUGGUCCGGGCGGAGGACGCGGGGAGGUACUCGUGCAAGGCCUCCAACGAGGUGGGCGAGGACUGGCUGCACUACCAGCUGCAGGUGCUGACCCCACCUGUGAUCCUGGGCGACACAGAGGAGCUGGUGGAAGAGGUGACGGUCAACGCCAGCAGCACUGUCAGCCUGCAGUGCCCGGCCCUGGGAAACCCCAUGCCCACCAUCUCGUGGCUCCAGAAUGGGCUGCCUUUCUCUCCGAGCCCACGGCUGCAGGUCCUGGAGGAUGGGCAAGUCUUACAGGUUUCCACGGCAGAGGCGGCUGAUGCCGCCAGCUACAUGUGUGUGGCCGAGAACCAGGCGGGCUCUGCUGAGAAACUCUUUACCCUCAGGGUUCAAGUCCCGCCACGAAUUGCAGGCCUGCACUUGGAGCAGAUCACUGCCAUCCUCAACAGCAGUGUCUCCCUCCCUUGUGAUGUCCAUGCUCACCCAAGCCCUGAGGUCACGUGGUACAGGGACAGCCAGGCACUCUCCCUGGGCGAAGAGGUCUUCCUCCUGCCUGGCACCCACACGCUGCAGCUGGCUCGAGCUCAGCUGUCGGACUCUGGGAUGUACGCCUGCGAAGCCCUCAAUGCUGCCGGCCGAGACCAGAAGCUGGUGCAGCUCAGUGUUCUGGUUCCCCCUGCCUUCGGGCAGGCUCCCAGCAGCCCCCAGGAUGCCGUACUGGUGAGGGCCGGGGACAAGGUUGUCCUGAGCUGCAAGACAGACGCACUCCCCAAGCCGACUGUGACCUGGUACAAGGAUGGGCAGCCCCUAAGCCCGGCACGGCGGACCCAGGCUCUGCAGGGUGGUCAGAGGCUGGAGAUCCAGGAGGCCCAGGUGUCAGAUAAAGGUGUAUACAGCUGUCAAGUCAGCAACGUGGCUGGGGAGGCCGUGCGGACCUUCGUCCUCACCGUCCAGGUGCCCCCAACGUUUGAGAACCCCAAGACAGAGAUGGUGAGCCAGGUGGCUGGGAGUCCCCUGGUCCUGACCUGUGAUGUGUCCGGGGUCCCUGCACCCACGGUCACUUGGCUGAAGGACAGGAUGCCCGUGGAGAGCAGCGUGGUGCACGGCGUGGUCUCCCGGGGGGGCCGCCUCCAGCUGAGCCGCCUGCAGCCAGCCCAGGCAGGCACCUACACAUGCGUGGCUGAGAACGCCCAGGCCGAGGCCCGCAAGGACUUCGUGGUGACGGUGCUGGUGCCCCCCCGGAUCCAGAGCUUGAGUGCGGCGCAGGAGCACCACAUCUUGGAAGGGCAGGAGGUGCGGCUGGACUGUGAGGCCGAUGGGCAGCCGCCGCCGGACGUGGCCUGGCUGAAGGACGGCAGCCCGCUGGGCCAGGACGUGGGCUCCCACCUCCGAUUCUACCUGGAUGGUGGCUCCCUGGUGCUAAAGGGCCUGAGGGCCUCGGACGCAGGCGCCUACACCUGUGUGGCCCACAACCCAGCUGGGGAGGACACGAGGCUGCACACGGUGGCUGUGUUGGUUCCUCCCACCAUUGAGCAGGGAGUGGACGGCUCGGGGACCCUGGUGAGCAGGGCUGGGGAGCUGGUGACCCUGGCGUGCCCCGUGAGGGGCUCCCCGCCCAUCCACAUGAGCUGGCUCAAGAACGGCCUGCCGCUCCCGCUGUCCCAGCGCACCCACCUCCACGGCUCUGGCCGCACCCUCAGGAUUUCCCAGGUGCAACUGGCUGACGCCGGCAUCUUCAGCUGCGUGGCCGCAAGCCCAGCUGGCGUGGCACACAGAAACUUCACCUUGCAGGUGCAGGUGCCACCUGUCCUGGAGCCGGUGGAGUUCCAGAAUGACGUGUUGGCAGUUCGUGGCUCCCGGGUGGAACUCCGGUGUGAGGCCCGGGGCAUUCCCCAGCCUCUUGUGUCGUGGAUGAAGGAUGGGGAGCCCUGGUUGCCCCAGAGCCUUGAGCAGGGGCCCAGCCUGCAGCUGGAGACAGUGGGAGCUGCUGACUCAGGGACCUACUCCUGUGUGGCCGUGAGCGAGGCAGGGGAAGCCAGGAGGCAUUUCCAGCUGACAGUCAUGGACCCUCCUCACAUCGAGGACUCAGGCCAGCCUGCAGAGCUGUUGCUGACCCCUGGCGCCCCCAUGGAGCUCCUCUGUGAUGCCCAGGGCAGCCCCCAGCCCAACAUCACCUGGCAUAAGGACGGGCAGGCCCUGAGCAGGCUGGAGCUCAGCAGCAGAGCCACGCGGGUGCUCCGGGUGGAGAGUGUGCAGGUUGGGGAUGCCGGGCUGUACACUUGCUUGGCUGAAAGCCCUGCAGGCACAGUGGAGAAGAGCUUCCGGGUCAGGGUUCAAGCCCCUCCAAACAUUGUUGGACCCCGAGGCCCCCGCUUUGUGGUUGGCCUGGCCCCGGGGCAGCUGGUCCUGGAGUGUCCGGUGGAGGCAGAGCCAGCGCCCGAGAUCACGUGGCACAGAGAUGGCAUCGUGCUGCAGGAGGAUGCCCACACACAGUUCCCGGAGCAGGGCCGGUUCCUCCAGCUGCAGGCCCUGAGCACGGCCGACAGCGGCGACUACAGCUGCACAGCCCGCAACGCCGCGGGCAGCACCAGUGUGGCCCUCCGCGUGGAGAUCCACACGGUGCCCACCAUCCGAUCAGGACCGCCCUCAGUGAACGUCUCAGUGAACCAGACAGCCCUGCUGCCCUGCCAGGCCGACGGCGUGCCCGCACCCCUCGUGAGCUGGCGGAAGGACGGGGUCCCCCUGGAUCCCAGGAACCCCAGGUUCGAAGUUCUGCCUGAGGGUUCCCUGAGGAUCCAGCCAGCCCUUGCCCAGGACAACGGCCACUACCUCUGCCUGGCAUCCAACUCUGCUGGCUCCGAUCGUCAAGGCCGCAACCUCCAGGUCUUUGAGCCUCCAGCCAUCGCCCCCAGCCCCUCCAACCUGACCCUGACCGCCCACACCCCAGCCUCGCUGCCCUGUGAGGCCAGCGGCUCCCCUAAGCCCCUGGUGGUCUGGUGGAAGGAUGGACAGAAGCUGGACUUCCGCCUGCAGCAGGGUGCCUACCGGCUCCUGCCCUCCAACGCCCUGCUCCUCGAGGCCCCCGGCCCCCAGGACUCAGCCCAGUUUGAGUGUGUGGUGAGCAAUGAGGUGGGCGAGGCCCGAAGGCUCUACCAAGUGACCGUCCACGUGCCUCCCACCAUUGCCGACGACCAGACAGACUUCACCGUGACCAUGAUGGCACCUGUGGUCCUCACAUGUCAUAGCACAGGCAUACCAGCCCCGACCGUGUCCUGGAGCAAGGCAGGCGCCCAGCUGGGAGCGCGGGGGAGCGGCUAUCGCGUCUCACCAUCGGGCGCCCUGGAGAUCGGGCAGGCCCUCCCCAUCCAUGCGGGCCGCUACACCUGCUCAGCCCGCAACUCUGCUGGCGUAGCCCACAAGCACGUCGUCCUCACCGUGCAAGCCUCCCCAGUGGUGAAGCCGCUGCCCAGCGUGGUUCGGGCUGUGGCGGAAGACGGGGUGCUGCUUCCCUGCGAGGCCUUGGGCAUCCCCCGGCCAACCAUCACCUGGCAGAGGGAAGGGCUCAAUGUCCCUGCAGGAGUGAGUACCCAGGUCCUACCUGGUGGACAGCUGUGGAUUACCCAUGCCAGCCCAGAGGAUGCUGGAAACUACCUUUGCAUCGCCAAGAACAGUGCAGGCAGUGCUGUGGGGAAAACGCGGCUGGUGGUGCAAGUCCCACCCAUGAUCGAGAACGGCCUCCCAGACCUGUCCACCACCGAAGGCUCCCACGCCUUCUUGCCUUGCAAGGCCAGGGGCAGUCCCGAGCCCAACAUCACGUGGGACAAAGACGGCCAGCCCGUGUGGGGCGCUGAGGGGAAGUUUACCAUCCAGCCUUCUGGAGAGCUGCUGGUGAAGGAUCUGGAGGGCCAGGAUGCAGGCACCUACACCUGUACUGCAGAGAACGCUGUAGGCCGGGCCCGCCGCCGUGUGCACCUCACCGUUAUGGCACUGCCCGUGUUCACCACCCUGCCUGGGGACCGCAGCCUGCGACUCGGGGACAGGCUGUGGCUCCGCUGUGCAGCCCGGGGCAGCCCCACCCCUCGCAUUGGCUGGACCGUCAACGACCGGCCAGUCACAGAAGGAGUGUCCGAGCAGGAUGGGGGCAGCACGCUGCAGCGGGCAGCUGUCUCCAGAGAAGACAGUGGGACCUAUGUCUGCUGGGCGGAGAACAGAGUGGGUCGCGUGCAGGCGGUCAGCUUCGUCCAUGUGAAGGAGGCUCCUGUCCUACAAGGAGAGGCUUUCUCCUACCUCGUGGAACCUGUGGGUGGCAGUAUCCAGCUAGACUGUGUGGUGAGUGGAGACCCAGCACCGGACAUCCGCUGGAUCAAAGAUGGCCUUCCACUGCGGGACAGCCAUCUCCGGCACCAGCUACAGAAUGGCUCACUGACCAUCCGCAGGACUGAGAGGGACGACGCGGGACAGUACCAGUGCCUGGCAGAGAACGAGAUGGGCGUGGCAAAGAAAGUGGUGAUCCUUGACCUGCAGAGUGCUCCAGUGUUCCAGGUGGAGCCCCAGGACAUGACAGUGAGAUCCGGGGAUGAUGUGGCCCUGCGGUGCCAGGCCACUGGAGAGCCCGCGCCCACCAUCGAGUGGCUGUGGGCAGGUCGCCCCUUGCAAGCCAGUCGGCGGCUCCAGACCCUGCCUGAUGGGAGCCUGUGGCUGGAGAGCGUGGAGGCUGGGGAUGCAGGUGCCUACGACUGCGUCGCUCACAACCUCCUGGGCUCUGCCACAGCCCGGGCCUUCCUGGUCGUGAGAGGGGAGCCCCAGGGGAGCCGGGGCAGCAUGAUGGGGGUGAUCAAUGGCCAGAAACUUGGCGUGGCCACGCUCAACACCAGCGUGAUGCAGGAGGCGCGCUCCGGGGUCGCCAGCAUCCACAGCAGCAUCCAUCAUGUCCCAGCAAACGUGGGGCCUCUAAUGCGGGUGCUCGUGGUCACCAUCGCCCCCAUCUACUGGGCCCUGGCCGGAGAGAGUGGGGAGGCCCUGAACGGCCACUCCCUGACGGGGGGCAAGUUCCGGCAGGAGUCACACGUGGAGUUUGCUACAGGGGAGCUGCUCACGAUGACCCAGGUGGCCCGGGGCCUGGAUCCCAAUGGCCUCCUGCUCCUCGAUGUGGUGGUCGAUGGUGGUGUCCCUGAGAGCCUGGCUGACGCAGAUCUGCACGUGCAGGACUUUGAGGAGCGCUAUGUGCAGACGGGGCCUGGCCGGCUGUUUGUGGGCUCCACACAGCGCUUCCUCCAGGGCAGCCUCCCCUCGUUCCUGCGCUGCAACCACAGCAUCCAGUACGACUCGGCCCGGGGCCCCCAGCCCCAGCUGGUACAGCACCUUCGGGCCUCGGCUGUCAGCUCGGCCUUCGACCCAGAGGCCGAGGCCCUGCGCUUCCGGCUCACGACAGCCCUGCAAGCGGAGGAGAACGAGGUCGGCUGCCCCGAGGGCUUUGAGCUGGACUCCCAGGGAGCUUUUUGUGUGGACAGGGACGAGUGCUCGGGAGGCCCCAGCCCCUGCUCCCACUCCUGCCUUAACGCACCCGGCCGCUUCUCCUGCGCCUGCCCUGCUGGCUUUGCCUUGGCCUGGGAUGACAGGAACUGCAGAGAUGUGGACGAGUGUGCAUGGGAUGCCCACCUCUGCCGAGAGGGACAGCGCUGUGUGAACCUGCUGGGGUCCUACCGCUGCCUCCCCGACUGUGGGCCUGGCUUCCGAGUGGCUGCUGAUGGGGCCGGCUGUGAAGAUGUGGACGAAUGCCUGGAGGGGGUGGACGACUGUCACUACAACCAGCUCUGCGAGAACACUCCAGGCGGUCACCGCUGCAGCUGCCCCAGGGGCUACCGGAUGCAGGGCCCCAGCCUGCCCUGCCUAGAUGUCAAUGAAUGCCUGCAGCUGCCCAAGGCCUGCGCCUACCAGUGCCACAACCUCCAGGGCAGCUACCGCUGCCUGUGCCCCCCCGGCCAGACCCUCCUCCGAGAUGGCAAGGCCUGUACCUCACUGGAACGGAAUGGACAAAACGUCACCACCGUCAGCCACCGAGGCCCUCCAGCGCCCUGGCUGCGGCCCCGAGCCUCCGUCCCCGGUGGCUCCUAUCAUGCCUGGCUCUCUCUCCGGCCGGGUCCCAUGGCCCUGAGCAGCAUGGGCCGGGCCUGGUGCCCUCCUGGCUUCAUCAGGCAGAACGGAGUCUGCACGGACCUUGAUGAGUGCCGGGUGAGGAACCUGUGCCAGCAUGCCUGCCGCAACACCGAGGGCAGCUACCAGUGCGUGUGCCCCACCGGCUACCGCCUGCUCCCCAGCGGGAAGAACUGCCAGGACAUCAACGAGUGUGAGGAGGAGGGCAUUGAGUGUGGACCCGGCCAGAUGUGCUUCAACACCCGAGGCAGCUACCAGUGUGUGGACACGCCCUGUCCUGCCACCUACCGGCAGGGCCCCAGUCCCGGGACGUGCUUCCGGCGCUGCUCGCGGGACUGCAGCUCGGGCGGCCCCUCCACGCUGCAGUACCGGCUGCUGCCGCUGCCCCUGGGCGUGCGCGCCCACCACGACGUGGCCCGCCUGGCCGCCUUCUCCGAGGCCGGUGUCCCCGCCAACAGCACCGAGCUCAGCGUGCUGGAGCCCGACCCGCGCAGCCCAUUCGCGCUGCGCCCGCUGCACGCCGGCCACGGCGCCGUCUACACCCGCCGCGCGCUCACCCGUGCCGGCCUCUACCGGCUCACCGUGCGCGCCGCAGCCUCGCGCCACCAAAGCGUCUUCAUCCUGCUCAUCGCUGUGUCCCCCUACCCCUACUGAAUGGGGGAGGGCAUCGGCGGCCGCCCCGUCGUGACCCCCGAGGAGGGGUGGGGGAGGAGCCCUGGUCCAUGCCACCUGCUGUGGCAAGCGUAGCGUCAUCCUCUCCUGUCCCGUGCGUCAGCGAGACCUUGGGUCAACACGACCCUGCACGCAGCCUUGAUCCCUGGCAGGGAGGAUCUGAGCUUGCAGAGGAAGGCGUCCAGGGCGGCCCCUGGGUGGCCAGGCCAGCAGACAGGGCCCGGGGAAGCCUCCAGGCCCUCAUCUGCCCCUCCAUAGGAGCGGGACAGGGACACAGGGCACCUGGACGCCCAGGAGAGGGGACAAGCCCUGCUUUGGGGGCAGCAGCUGUCACCCGGCUACACCUGGUGGUGUCAUUCUGAACCUUGUUACAAUAUAAAAACGAUUGUUUUUUAACCAA